AUGGCUACAUCCGACGGACCUCUGUAUCUCGGGCUCGACCUUUCCACACAGCAGCUUAAGGCGAUCGUGGUCGCGUCUGACCUCAGCGUCGUCGCCCAGGUCAAAGUCGAUUUUGACAAGGACUUUGGCGCCAAGUAUGGCCUGACCAAGGGCGUGCUGACCAACGAGGCCGAAGGCGAGGUGUACGCGCCAGUGGCCCUCUUUCUCGAGGCCAUCGACUUGGUGCUAGCCCGCCUGAAGACGGCCACGGCCAACACAUCGGUGGUAUCGCGGAUCCGCGCCAUCAGCGGUUCAUGCCAGCAGCACGGCAGCGUGUACUGGGCAGCGGGUGCAGCAAAGCAACUGGCGGGGCUGGCAGACCGACCGGACACGGCGCUGGCCGAGCAGCUCACCGAGGCGUUCUCGCGGCCGUGGGCGCCUAACUGGCAGGACCAGAGUACACAGGCCGAGUGCGAUGAGUUUGACGGGCGACUGCCGGGCGGAGCACACGGUCUGGCCUCGGCCACGGGCAGCGCGGCACAUCACCGGUUCACAGGUCCGCAGAUCAUGCGGAUUCGCCGGCACUGGCCGGACGUUUAUGCGGCCACCACCCGUAUCUCGCUCGUGUCAUCGUUUGUGGCGUCGGUGCUGAUGGGCGCCCUGGCGCCACUGGACGUCAGCGACGUCUGCGGCAUGGACCUCUGGGAUAUGCAGAACCAGGCCUGGUCACAGCCGCUGCUAGAGCUCGCCGGUGGUGGCACCAAAGCCGACGGCGAGGGUCUGCGCUCACGGCUUGGCGACGUGCGCAUUGACGGUGGUGGCAGCAUGGGUGCAGUCUCCAGCUACUUUGUGCAGCGCUACGGCCUCCCCGCCGACUGCCAGAUCGCCCCCUUCACCGGCGACAACCCGGCCACCAUCCUGGCUCUGCCGCUGCGGCCGCUCGACGCCAUCGUCAGCCUCGGAACCUCAACAACCUUCCUCAUGGUUACGCCGCACUACAAGCCCGAUCCGAGCUACCACUUUUUCAACCACCCGACCACGCCCGGCCAGUACAUGUUCAUGCUCUGCUACAAGAACGGCGGUCUGGCCCGCGAAAAGGUGCGCGACGCUCUGCCGCCCGCCAAAGACGACAGCGAUGUGUGGGCUACCUUCAACAAGGCCGUCCUCGACACGCCCGUCCUCGGCAGCGACCCUGACCGCGCCCAUUUGGGCCUCUACUUUUACCUCAACGAGAUCGUCCCCAACAUCCCUGCUGGCACGUGGCGGUACAGCUGUGGCCGUGCCGAUGGCGGCGACCUGUUGCCGGUGUCUGACCCGAAGGAUGUCGGCUGGAGUCCUGUGCAGGACGCUCGCGUCAUUGUUGAAUCCCAGGCACUGUCGAUGCGGCUGCGGUCGCAGGCACUCGUGCACGAUGUCCCGGGCUCGUCCAUGGCCACCACUACAGCAGUGCCGAAGCUGCCAGCGCAACCGCGUCGCAUCUACCUCGUCGGCGGCGGCUCGCUCAACCCAGCCAUCGCCCGCGUGCUGGGCGAGGUGCUGGGCGGCACCGAGGGCGUAUACCGGCUGGACGUCGGCGGCAAUGCGUGUGCGCUGGGUGGCGCGUACAAGGCGCUGUGGGCGAUGGAGCGGGCGGAGAACGAGACGUUUGACGAUCUGAUCGGCCGGCGCUGGAAGCCCGAAGGCGCCAUCGAGAAGGUCGGCCCGGGUUACUUGGCAGAGCCGUUUGCGCAGUACGGCGACGUCUUGAAGGCGUUUGAGAAGAUGGAGCAGGAGAUUCUGCAGCAGCAUGCAAAAGUUUCGACUCCGAAGCACGCCACUCGCCUCUACAAUGGCGUGAGCACCAGGGAGUUGUCUGCACAGUGUAUGCUGACUAAUACGUUCCAGGCCGGCUUCCGUGGUCUUUGGAUCAUCCACAACCUACGACGCCUUCGGACAUUGGCCAACUCUUCGUGGACGGAAGGUGAUAGCAGAAGACGGGCCACAGCCGAUGAAACGCCUGUCUUCAGCCUCCUGCUCCACCUGGCAGCCUCGGCCUAA